AUGGCAUCAUGGAGGGGUCUUGAGUCUAUGACUAUUACCUCUAUGAUCAACUGUCGUUACCUUUUCUCUGCGAUUAGUAAAUGGUGCAAGAACAUAGUUGAGUUGAAAUUCACUUACGACUUUAAACAAGACCAUGCUGAUGCUUUGAUUAAAUACACCCCAAAUUUGAAGGUCUUGAGUCUUCGGACCAUAUUGGUGGAAAAGAAAGCUUUGGAGGAUGCACUCGAUGGUUUGAAACAUUUGAAGGUGGUAAAUAUAUGCCAUAGUUUCAUUUGGGGUAUAGGAGGAGAUAACAAUCCAAUUGGUUAUUUUAGUAGAAGUUAUCCGAAGAAAAGUAUGAGCGAACUUGUGAUUUGUUUAUCUGAAGGGUGGUAUGAAGGGUGGUGCCUUAAGUGCACAAGGCAUAAGAACGGGCUUGAAAAAAUGCUAUAUACAGAUGGAUACUUAGAGGAUAUUUGGCGUGAGGAUGAGAUAGAUUCUCUUGCGCAUUAA